AGUCACAACGUAGCAUUCCCAAUAAGUUGUCUGCAUAUGUCUGUAGUGUUGAUGUGUGUUUUGUUCCUUCGUUUUGAUUGUUAAGAGUGGCUGUUCAACACAAAUUAAUCUACAAGAAGAAAGAACUUCAACUGAAUAUCGGGAGGAGUUUCGCGCAGUUCAUCUAAAGUGCAUUAUGGCUGAGCUUAACAUGCAACCGGCAGUUUCUCUUCAACGUCCUUCAGGAAGAAUAACGCGUUUUUCUCUGUUGAUUUGCAGGAACUCAAUCAAAAAUGGAUGUUAAUGAAGAACCGUCGACGUCGACAGAAGAGGUCGGUUGGGCUUCAGGACUUUCUAUUGCAGAUCAAGUGAAGGCUGCUGCCGAAGAAGCUCAAGCUCAAUCUGGAUUUGAAUACCAUGAAGAGACAGGCCUCUACUAUGACUCCACAACACAGAUGUAUUAUAACUCGGAAACUGGCCUCUACUACAAUGGUUUUACAGGAACUUGGUACCAAUAUGAUGAAGCCAUUUGUGAAUAUGUAGUGCAUCACCAAGUAGAAGGGUUUACUUUUGAAAAUGCUGUUGCCGAACAUGUUCUACAAAGUAUUGAUAACUACACAUCAGAAUUGUCUAAAAAGGUUGAGGCUGAAAUAAAGGCUACUAAGCCAGAAGGUGAGUUAUCAGAAGAAGAAGUGGAUGACACAGAUUCCAAACACAAAAAAAGCAAAUGUGAAGCUCACAAACUUGCUGAGAAAUUACCCCCCUGUGCUCGUUUUCUUGUUGUAAGUUCCUGCAUUGAUAGAGUGCAAGUUGGUUCCUUAUUUGUUGUACCUUACACUGGUGGGACUAUUGGAAGGUUACCAGAAUGUGAAGUUUACUUGGAUGAUGUUAAUGUUAGCAAGAAACAUGCCAAAUUUGGCUACAAUCAGGAUGAAAAAUCGUUCACAAUCAUUGACAUGGGAAGUAGAAACGGUACUUUCAUUCAUUUGGAGCGUCUGUCUGCAUCUAAAGAAACGAGUGACGAAUACAUUUUAGCCCAUGAUUCGCAAGUACAAGUUGGAAGCGUCACGUUGUUAUGCCACAUUCAUGCUGGCUUGGAAACAUGCGACGGUUGUGAACCUGGUUUGGUGAUCAAAGAACAGGCUAACAAAGAGAGCAGCAUUUCCACGUCCGUAACCAAAGAAGACUUGGAAAAAGCUCGCAAAAGAGAGCUAAAGAAAAUACGGCAGAAGUUUGGAUUGAAACUUCAUGAUUCCGAAGAGACCGUCUCGUUAAAACCAGGUUACCAAGACAGGGCAGAAGUUCGACGUCAGACGGUCGGUAUUGAUCCUGUCGGCGCAAAGACGGAACAAGCUUCUACCCUCGUGCCAAUAGCAAAGAAGAAUAAAGGUUUCCAAAUGCUGGCGAAAAUGGGCUGGAAUGAAGGUCAAGCUUUGGGUAAAACUGAAUCUGCUGAUGCCAUCACUGAACCAAUAUCAGUUGAUAUGAGAGCAGGAAGAGAAGGAUUAGGAGCCGAUGCAGUUCCUUCAAUCAGUUCGUUGCAUUCGGACGCGUCAAGGAAACGACGUGCGGAUGUCCUAGAAAAGACACGACAGCGAUACUCACAGGCACAGUAACACUAGAGUGUUAUUUUCCUUUUGUUCCAUCGUAAUCGCCUACCAAAUGUAUAUUUGUUUGGUGGGUAAUACAAGGCGUUUAUUGUAUA